GUGAAAGGUCACAAGAAUCUGGUCUUACUUCCUCUUGAAAGCGGCGACCAUUCAACUUAAACGAGAUGGGCAAGUUCAUGAAACCAGGAAAGGUGGUGAUGGUCCUGGCUGGACGCUAUGCUGGGCGCAAGGCUGUCAUCGUCAAAAAUAUUGAUGACGGCACAUCUGAUCGCCCUUACAGCCAUGCCCUGGUGUCUGGCAUUGACCGCUACCCUCGUAAAGUGACCACCACCAUGGGCAAGAAGAAGGUUGCCAAGAGGUCCAAGAUCAAGGCCUUUGUCAAGGUUUACAACUACAACCACCUCAUGCCCACCAGAUACUCUGUUGACAUUCCUUUGGACAAAACUGUUGUCAACAAGGACGUCUUCAGGGACCCUGCUUUGAAACGCAAAGCUAGGCGUGAGGCCAAGAUCAAGUUUGAGGAGAGGUACAAGACAGGCAAGAACAAGUGGUUCUUCCAGAAGCUCAGAUUCUAAAUUAGCAUCAAUAUUUCAUUAAUAAAUGUUUAAAAUCCA